AUGGUCAGAACGCUUCCCUUCGCGGACAUCGAGGUGCCGGUCCCUGGGUUCGGUGCCAUGGGUCUCAACUUUGCCAUGGGCGCGAACCUGAGCCCUGAGGAAGCCGAGCCAGUCCUGCUGAAGGCCAUCGAACUGGGAUGCACAUUCUGGGACACAGCUGUUGUCUACAGAGCCGGCAUUAACGAAAAGCUACUUGGCAACUUCAUCAGGAAGCAUAACGUUCGCGAUAAAGUCUUCGUUGCCUCCAAAUGCGGGUUUGACGUCUUCGGCGGGUCUGGACGCGUUACCAACUCGGCGUCUCACAUAAAAGAGUAUAUUGAAGGCACGAUCGAGAGGCUUGGGUUCGCUCCGGACCUAUAUUACCUGCACCGCAUAGAUCCUGCUACCCCCCUCGAAGAGUCGAUUGCUGCUCUCGAUGAAAUCAGAAAGGCUGGCAAGACCAAGUACAUUGGACUUUCGGAAUGCUCAGCAAAGACACUCCGUAAAGCGAACUUGAUUGCCAAGAUAGACGCCGUCCAAGCGGAAUACUCCCCUUUUGAAACAGUCCACGAGACGAACGGCUUGAUCGAUGCCUGCAAAGAGCUCCACGUUGCCUUUGUAGCAUUCAGUCCCCUAGGCCACGGUUUCCUUGUCGACGACUUCCAGUAUAAAUCCCCCGAAGACUUUGCGCCGGAUGACUUCCGCCGCGUCUCUCCUAAAUUCCAGGGCGAAAACUUUUUCAAGAACAAGGCCAUCGUGGAAGAGAUCAAGGAGCUUGCGGUUCGGAAAGGGUGCACUUUAGCUCAGAUUGCUCUUGCCUGGGUGGCAGCUCAGGGCUUGAUCUCCAUUCCGGGAACGACCAAGGUCAAGCGUCUGGAGGAAAACUGGGCAUCCAGGGACAUCGAACUCACGGAGGACGACAAAGUGGCUCUGCGUAGCAUUAUCGACAAUGCCAAGCUUCAUGGUAAAAGGUUCGACGCUGAUCACGAGGCGACGGUUGGAAAUUAG